AUCAUAGUUCAGUUGUCCUGCAUACAAUUUCCCAGAUUCAGAAGUCUAAAAUCUUAACAGACCUGUAAACCAAAAAGAAAAAAAUCUUAACAUGCCAAACUUUACCAACGGAAUUUGUGGGACAACUUUUAAACAUGAUUCGUGACCAACCAAGCUUAAACCUCUCCAAUACUCUUACUUUUAGACUUUGGUUUGUCCCAUAAAGCUGUUUUCGAUCCGUUCCCUGACCAGAAGUAGAAGCAAGUAAAGCCGUCAAGAUAAACCAAACUACUUACAGAAGAAAAAAACAAAGCUAGUUGUUUCAAGCAGAGGAUUUUUGGACCCAUAAUUCUGAAACUCUUUCCACAGGUGUCAACCUCUUCUUUGCAUGGCAUCUCACACAGCUUUGCCACCUCUACUUUAAAACUCUCUCCCCCCCCCCCCCCUGCUUUCCCUUCAAGAAUCAGUUUCCAUUUCCUUUCUCCUCUUACCUGUUGUCGGCUUUGUUGAACCGUUUCACUCUUUAUAUUUAAUAUCCAUGGCAAAACAAUAUUCUGUUUUCCUCCAGAACCCACCUUUACUUUUCUUUUUAUUAUUGCUUUUUGAAGCAAUAAACGUUGGACGAGCCGCCCGGUUGAAUCAGUGGGAGUCUGGAAUCCGACUGCCCAUAGAAAAAGAUGAACCACAAGAUAUAGAUGAUCAGCAACUUGGAACAACAUGGGCUGUUCUUGUAGCUGGUUCCGCUGGCUAUGGUAAUUACAGGCAUCAGGCAGAUGUAUGCCAUGCCUAUCAGCUAUUAAGGAAAGGAGGACUGAAGGAAGAGAACAUAGUUGUGUUUAUGUACGAUGACAUAGCCAUGCAUGAGCUGAAUCCGAGGCCAGGAGUCAUCAUCAACAAUCCCCGAGGCCACGAUGUUUAUGCUGGCGUGCCUAAGGAUUAUACGGGUGAGCAUGUUACUGCCGCAAAUUUGUAUGCAGUACUUCUUGGUAACAAAAGUGCACUGAGUGGAGGAAGUGGAAAGGUUGUUGAUAGCAAAUCCAAUGACAGAAUAUUCCUUUACUACUCAGAUCAUGGAGGCCCUGGUAUUCUCGGGAUGCCAAAUCCGCCAUAUCUGUAUGCCAUGGAUUUUCUUGAUGUCUUGAAGAAGAAACAUGCAGCAGGAAGCUACAAAGAGAUGGUUAUAUAUGUAGAAGCUUGUGAAAGUGGGAGUAUCUUUCAAGGCAUAAUGCCCAAAGAUCUUAAUAUUUAUGUAACAACAGCAUCCAAUGCACAAGAGAACAGCUGGGGAACUUAUUGCCCUGGCAUGAAACCUCCUCCACCUCCAGAGUACAUCACUUGUUUAGGAGAUUUGUACAGUGUGGCUUGGAUGGAGGACAGUGACACUCACAAUCUGAAGAGAGAAACCAUAAAGCAACAAUAUGAAACAGUAAGGGAACGGACCUCCAAUUUCAACUCUUACACUUUUGGUGGUUCACAUGUGAUGGAAUAUGGGAAUACAACCAUCAAAGCUGAAAAACUUUAUUUGUACCAAGGCUUUGAUCCUGCAACUGUAAACUUUCCUCCAAAUGAGUUGAGCCCUGAGACCCACAUGGAAGCUGUUAACCAGAGAGAUGCAGAUAUUCUCUUUUUAUGGCAUAUGUACAAAAAUUCAGAAGAUGGAUCAAAGAAGAAAGAAACACUAAAACAGAUUACUGAGAUUAUGAGGCAUAGAAUUCACUUGGAUGGCAGCAUUGACUUGAUUGGAACACUCUUGUAUGGACCAGCAAAAGGCUCUGCCAUUCUCAAAUCUGUCAGGGAACCUGGUUUGCCCCUUGUUGAUGACUGGCAGUGCUUGAAAUCUAUGGUUCGCUUGUUCGAAACACACUGCGGGUCUCUAACUCAAUACGGUAUGAAACACAUGCGUGCAUUCGCGAACAUUUGCAAUAGUGGUGUUUCCCAAUCCUUAGUGGAGGAAGCUUGUGUUGCAGCAUGCAGCGCCCAUGAUCCAUUGCAAUGUCAUCCUUCAAAUCAAGGCUAUAGCGCUUGAUUGAGGAAUAUAAACAAAGAAUUUACUACCAUUAAACCUUAAUAUUUUCAAAAUUACUGUUAUAUAUAUGUUUGUUAUUCUGCUAGUUGCACUUCUAUCGUGCAUAUAUAUAAGAUAUUUCUACCUACCCGGCAGUUGUUUAUAGAUGAAGCUUAUGCAUAAAUAGUUUAAGUCAAGGUAAACUGACAGAACUGAUAUUAUCUUUAAUAGUGAGUAAUAUUUAUGUACAUUAAAUACAAAAUAACAAUAGUAACAGUUGUUUCUAGACAUAUAGUCUCUGGUC